AUUAAAUAAAUUUAAAAACAUUUUUAUAGUGAAAUGGUUUUAAUGUAAAAUGGAUAUUACCACAGGGUUUAUAGUAAUUGGAGUUAUACAUGGCGUGCUGUAUUUUUUUGAUAAUUUUUUUAAGACCUGUGCCCAUUAUCCAUAUCUAAAAUUCUUAGAAGGUACUGGAUUUCAAAUAAGUUUUCUGUCUAUAAAAUGGAAGACAAAGGCCUUCAAUCGUGUUAUAAUAAGAUGGGGCAAUAGUAGGCCCCGUUUCCUACAUUUGUGGUUCACACUGGGUUUAUACGCCAGUCUCCUAUUACUUCCGGUGUCAGUAUUACUCUUACUGUAUUCUUUCAUUCAAAAUGUUUUUGUCAGUGCAGAAGGAGGAGUUAUUAUUGAGCCCGUUGUACCUGGCGUAAAUUUACCAGUGUCGGAAUUGGGUUACUAUAGUUUAACAUUAGUUUUGUGUAGUAUCGUUCACGAACUUGGGCAUGCUUUAGCUGCAGUUUUAGAGAACGUUAAUUUGAUAGAUACCGGUGCUAACAUCUUUUACAUAUUGCCUGUGGCAUAUGUUAGUCUUUCAACUGAAAAAUUUUCUUCUCUAAACAGGAAAAAUGUUUUAAAAAUACUAUGUGCCGGCAUAUGGCACAACCUCGUCUUAACUUUGUUUGCAUUUUUGUUAUUCCAGGCCUUGCCAUUUAUAUUUUCAUCUUUCUAUCAUGUAAAUAAAGGUAUUACUAUUGCAAAUAUAGCGAAACAUUCGCCUCUUUUGGGAUCAAAGGGAUUAAGUGUUGGUGAUACUGUUUACAGAGUGAAUGAUUGUGAUAUAAACGAUGAGAAUAAGUGGUACAGCUGUUUACAAAGCCUAGAAGGUCCGAAACCCGCGUUUUGUAUUGAAUCGGAUGUAGUGCAUAGUUUAGAUGAAAGCAUCCCCUUAAAGCACCUAGAGAACGGUAAUUUAGACUGUUGCGAUAAAGAAAAAUCUAAGAAUAUAUGUUUUGAAUAUUUAGAUUCCGCUGACGGUGUAUUGGAGCUACCUAGUCAUGCCUGUCUACCUGGCAGGUCUGUUGUCGAGAAAUCCACGAAUUUUUGUUCGGCAGACCCUCACGCUUGUCCAAACGGCUUUUAUUGUUUUCGGCCGAUCUUGGCAAAUGGUACAAAUUUGUUCAAAAUUAUUUGUGAGGAUAAGAAUGUAAUAUACUUAGGUCUUGCUAGCGAUAUAUAUCGGACGGUCGAGGUAUCUUCCUAUAUUCCAAAUAUAUUUUUUAAUUCGACAGUCUUGCCGGAUGUUGUUACAAAAUUCGUCAAGUACACUGCCGUGAUUUCGUUAGGUUUAGCUAUAGUCAAUGUAAUACCUUUUAUAUAUAUGGAUGGCCAGCAUAUAGCUGACGUUUUGGGACUGAUUUUGUUAAGAAAAAGGUGUGGCAAAAGCGGAGCUAGAAUAAUAACUGUAAUCAUCACUUGGUUUUUUACUUUCAUACUAGUAAUCCAGUGCUUAUUGACAAUUUUAAAAGUUUUGUUGUGAAUUUAUAAAAUUAGUUAAGUAAAAUACUUAGGAAAAGUUAAUUUAACCUGGCUAUAUGUUAAGAAUUAUGAAUAUCUUGAGUAUAUAGCUAUCAAAUAUUCCAUUAUGGUUUACAAAGUUAGCC